AUGGCAGAAAUGGUAGAGACAGAAGAGAGGAAAUGCGCAAUGAGUUGGGGCGGAUAUGUGGAAGAGCUGAAGAAGGCAAGCCGCAUAGCAGCGCCGAUGGUGGCGGUGACAGUCCUGCAAUACCUUCUGCAAGUUGUAUCAGUGAUAAUGGUUGGACAUCUCGGUCAGCUGUCUCUCGCUAGCGUUGCCAUUGCUACAUCCAUCACCAAUGUCACUGGCUUUAGCCUUCUUUCAGGAAUGGCUGGUGGAUUGGAAACUCUAUGUAGGCAAGCUUAUGGAUCGCGGCAAUACAAAAAACUUGGAGUGUAUACUUACAGUGCCGUCAUCUCCCUCAUCCUUGUUUGCCCCCCAAUUUGCAUACUAUGGAUAUUCAUGGACAAACUGUUUCCUCUUGUUGGCCAAGAUACACUAAUCUCCCACAAAGCACGCCAAUAUUCACUUUGGUUGAUCCCAGCACUGUUUGCAAGCGCGAUCCUUAAGCCAUUGACACGAUAUUUGCAGACACAGAGUUUGAUUCUUCCGAUGCUCCUAACUGCAUUUUUCAUAUUGUGUUUCCAUGUGCCUGUAUGUUGGACUCUUGUGUUUAAAUUGGAUUUAGGAGAUCUUGGAGCAGCGAUAGCCUUUAGUUUAUCAACUUGGUUGAAUGUGAUAUUGCUUGGGAUUUAUGUCAAGUACUCGUCCAGUUGUGAGAAAACUCGUUCACCAUUGUCCAAGGAUGCUUUCCUUGGUGUUUCUGAGUUCUUUCGCCUUGGUGUUCCUGCAGCGAUAAUGGUUUGCCUUAAAUGGUGGUCGAUGGAGCUGCUAACUCUGCUAUCAGGCCUUUUACCAAAUCCAAAGCUAGAGACAUCGGUACUAUCGAUAUGCUUAACUCUAUCGACAUUGCACUUCACUAUACCAUAUGGUUUUGGAGCUGCUACAAGCACAAGAGUUUCCAAUGAACUAGGAGCUGGGAACCCUGAACUAGCUCGGAUGGCGGUCAAGGUUGGAAUGUCCAUGGCAACCACAGAGGCAGUCAUUGUGAGCACAGCUCUCUUCUUCAGUCGACACAUCAUAGGAUAUGCUUACUGCAAAGAGAAGCCAGUGGUGCACGAGGUUGCGGUCAUGGCUCCUUUGCUUUGCAUCUCACUGGUUACAGAUAGCAUGCAAGUUGUUCUUUCUGGAGUUGCUAAGGGAUGUGGAUGGCAACACAUAGGGGCCUAUGUAAAUCUCGGUGCAUUUUAUCUAAUUGGAUUGCCAGUGGGAAUCAUGCUUGGUUUUGUAGCAAAUUUAAAGGGAAGAGGCCUUUGGAUUGGAAUAGUAGCUGGUUCAAUUGUGCAAACAAUCCUUCUUUCUCUUUUUGCUAUCUUCACAAAUUGGAAAAAACAGGUAGCCAAGGCCAAAGAGAGGAUAGGGAGAUCUUCUAUGGGGAAUUAGUCAUCUUUCCCCUUUACCAAAACAACACC